AACCCGGGAUUCUAUCGCGCUGGUGCUGAAGGCGGCUCGUCAUGGCCGCGGGUUUGUGAGAAACUCGGCUGUUUUUUUUCGGAGUCUCGACCAAACAUGGCCGGUUUUAGAGAAGCUGGAUUAGCCGGAGCUGCCCUGGCACUAACCGGAGGCGUCGCGUAUGUUAUCUGGAACUUACGAGACACCAAGAAACGACGAGAAGCAGAGAAAGUGAUGUUAGAACAGAAUUUAAACGCAGAGAAACAAGAAAAGUUAGUCGAGAAAGAAAUAAGGAGCGAAACCGCGCGCGAGGCUCCUGUCGUCUCUCAGCAGGGGCAGGCAAGAGGUUCUCAAGUGUUGGUGUUGGGUUUGGAUGGCGCGGGCAAGACGAGUCUUCUUCAGUGCUUUGCGACAGGCAGCGUGGAGCAGGAAGUGUCACCCACUCAGGGGUUCCACGCCGUCUCUAUCAACAGAGAGGAGCUGCACAUCGAGUUCCUCGAGAUUGGCGGUGAGGAGAAGCUCCGAGACUACUGGCCUGUGUAUCUGAAAAAGGCUCGGGUGUUGGUGUUCGUGCUGGACGCGGCCGACUCCACACGCUUUCCUCUGGCUAAAACCAGCCUGCACCGGCUGCUGGCCUCUGAGCCGUUCCUGCCGCUGGUCCUGCUCGCUAAUAAACAGGACCUCCCGGGUGCGUGCGGAGUGACUGAGCUGUACGAGUCGAUGGCGUUGGGUUCAGUAGGCGACGGCCAUAAGCUGUCUGUUUUGGGUACGCAGCUUUGGAAAGGCUCGUCCGAUGCUCAUGCCAGCGCACAGGACGCUUACGAGCUCAUCCUCGAGAUGAUGAACAGUAACUGUGCGGAAUAGCAAAGCUCCACCUGACUGGCUAAUAUCAGCCUCAACAAUGAUGCUGAUUGGUUAUUUGUUUUUAGCUAAGAUUAAUGAAUGUCUAAACGAAUCAGGGCUAUUGUGUCACCAAAGACAUCCCUUAAGCAGAAAGCACUAAACUAAACAUCUUUCAGGGUUACGGGUUUAUUGUUGCAGUAUUUAAGUAACACUAAAGCAGCACUCCUCUGAGUGUUUUUACUGUGGUUUGAUUUCGUCUUAUGCAAUGUGGCUUAGAUGUUAGAUGUUCUUGUACAAGUACCACAAUUUGCUGAGCACUGUGUUAAUACUGUAAAGGCUGUUAUGGAUGUAUCUGUGUUUAACAUGGAGGUGAUAUACAUUUGUAAUUGAUAGACAUUUGAAAUUUUUUUUUUUUAUAUUAUUAUAUCUGUAUAGAUGAUAUUACAUUCUGAUAGAUUUUUAAAGCAAUAUAUUUGUUUAAAAAGUAUUUAAAUAUCCAAUAAAAUGUUUACAUGUA